AGGCGCGGCGAUGGCUCCCGGGGUAGGGGGGCGGGGCCGCGCAGACGCCCUGAGAAGCGGUAGCGGCGGCGGCGGCGGCGGUGGUAGAGGCGGCAGCUGUGAGGGGGUUCCGGGAAAAUGGUGCUGAUUAAGGAAUUCCGUGUGGUUUUGCCAUGUUCUGUUCAGGAGUAUCAGGUUGGGCAGCUUUACUCUGUUGCAGAAGCUAGUAAGAAUGAGACUGGCGGUGGAGAAGGAAUUGAAGUCUUAAAGAAUGAACCUUAUGAGAAGGAUGGAGAAAAGGGACAGUAUACACAUAAAAUUUAUCACCUAAAGAGCAAAGUUCCUGCAUUCGUGAGGAUGAUUGCUCCUGAGGGCUCCUUGGUGUUCCAUGAGAAAGCCUGGAAUGCAUACCCCUACUGUAGAACAAUUGUAACGAAUGAAUAUAUGAAAGAUGAUUUCUUCAUUAAAAUUGAAACAUGGCACAAACCAGACUUGGGAACACUAGAAAAUGUACACGGUUUAGAUCCAAACACAUGGAAAACUGUUGAAAUUGUCCACAUAGAUAUUGCAGAUCGAAGUCAAGUUGAACCAGCAGACUACAAAGCUGAUGAAGACCCAGCAUUAUUCCAGUCAGUCAAGACCAAGAGAGGCCCUUUGGGACCCAACUGGAAGAAGGAGCUCGCAAACAGCCCUGACUGCCCUCAGAUGUGUGCCUAUAAGCUGGUGACCAUCAAAUUCAAGUGGUGGGGAUUGCAGAGCAAAGUAGAAAACUUCAUUCAGAAGCAGGAAAAAAGGAUAUUUACAAACUUUCAUCGCCAGCUCUUUUGUUGGAUUGACAAGUGGAUCGAUCUGACGAUGGAAGACAUCAGGAGGAUGGAAGAUGAGACUCAGAAAGAAUUAGAAACAUUACGUAAUCAAGGUCAAGUGAGGGGAACAAGUGCAGCCAGUGAUGAGUGAAGAAGAAUCUGACCAGUAUCUUACAGUGUUGAAGUUUCUCAGCGUUUGCUUGUAAUGAUACACACACACGCACAGGUUCCCAGCCACGUGUGUAUACAUGUGUGUACAUCUGUAGCUGUAUAUAAAACGCAUGUAGAGCUACAGAUCCAGAUACACAUAUUUGUGUAUAUAUGUACAUACAAACAUACUGAAGGGAUUAGUACAAUUUCUCCCAAGUACUGUACCUAUCUUCAGCAAGAAUGCAAAAGAAAAUAUUUUCAAUAUAUAUACCUGGAACAGAUUUUAAUAAGUAUCAGAGUAAUACCAUUAAUGGACAAAUUUGACUGCAUUGUAAUACUAGCUGGUAUGUUUCAUAAAUGUCAAGCUGUGGACCAAUAUAUAUAGCCUUUUGUUAUUUUUCUGUUCUUUUAAAUCAGUCUCUUAUAAAUUUUUAUUUUAGUCCCAUAAGCAGCAGACUCCCACAGAAAAAUUUCUUCAAAAUUUUUUGGUAUUCCAGUGAAUCUGGAAUGUAAACUCAGAAUGUAUUUAUAACUAUUUAUUUCUGGACGGUUAUUAUCUUGUAGCCAAAUUUGACAAUAUCUAUUAAGUAAGGAGUAAAGUUACAGGCCAGUUUUUACUUAUUUGCCCUGAGGGAAAAAUCCUUUUAAAAAAAAAUUUCUGGUUUUUAUUGGAUUUUUGUAUUUUAAAUUUCAAAUAUUUUUCUAUAUCAAACCUAGCAAAAAUGGAGAUGACGGUUUGUGAUUUAUAGUAAACACUAGACAAUUUUCAGGCUCCUGUUAGACAAAUUGGUGAAGAAAUUAAUCUUAAUAAUAUUGUAGGCUAUGUAGAAAAAUUGAAAGUAUGGCACUUCCAUGGAGUCUUGUUUUGGAAAUGAUUUUUCUGGAUUAACAGCUUGGAAACUAUGCAAAUGGUCGAGGUUCCUCAUAGCUCACAUGAUACAAUGUAGAUAGUGAUGACAUUUUGCUCUUUCUGUGUUGAAAUACACUUCAAGGAGGAGAUGCUGCCUUUGAGAUAGGAGUUUAAGACGCAGUGUGAGUCCUGCCUGCAAACAAUGAGGGGGCCCUGCAAAGGGGCCCGUGGACCUGACUCUGGGACACGCUCCCAGGUGGGAUGUCAUCAGAACAUAUCCUGAAUGGCCAUCAUGAGGAUGCUGGUUAGAAGCCGCUGCCACCUUGUUUUGUUUUGUUUUUAAGAACAAUAAUAGCUAGGUAAGAUUUUUAUAAGCUUUCUCUAUCCGAAUCCAGUUUUUCCCCUGUCAGUCCUGGAAGCUUGAACAGAAUAAUAUUGUUGAAGUCAUCAGGUCACAAACUGUCUUUUUUAACCUCCCGUCCCUCCUAAAACACGCCAACCCCUGCAGUCAAAUCACAUUAGUGAUCUGAUUUGCUGACAGUCCUGCCCUCCCUGCCCCUCGUUUUCCCACAUGGCCCGUGUCCCCACUGGAGCGAUUGCAGCGAAUCACACAAGGAAGGAUGCUGAGGAUCACUACUGCAUUGCGAUACCCUGUUAUCCUCAGCAGCAAAUCCCACAUUUCAUAUAUCCUUUGUGUACUCAGGAUAAAGACUGAUGUUUACUCUCUGGGCACUGUUGUAAGAUAGGUUUUGUUAGAGCAUAAUCAUUGUCUGCAAAGUGUUUGGUGCGAGGAAGAUUAUUGCUAAUUUUGUGAAAUAAAGAGUCUAGCCCUCUCUUUUUAAUGAACUUAACUCUCACUGGCAUCUGUAGUAUCAUUGGGAGCUUGGGCACACAUGGAAAUGAGAGCCCGGCGCAUGGAUUUUAAUGUUUUUCUAACAACUGUGGAGAUUGGAGGGAAUGUGUGGUGAAUGUAAAAUACCUAGUUUACUUGGCAGUCUCUUGUGUAAAUUACAGUAAAACAAAGUAAAUGAAAUUUAAACAAAAAAUAAAUUUGAUCACAAAAUGCCA